UCCCACCCAUAGCCCCGGCUGCGGUGGCAGCUGUUAAGGUAGGUUAACUCGCUCUAAAGUCUCAGCUAAGCCCGGAGCUGAUGACGUUGGGUUGAAUGGCCAAUCGGAAGGCGCUGCCCUUUGGAGACAAAACCAUUUUACUUGUAGUGUCUGCAUCAAGUCUGCAAGCAGGGACUCAAAUUUAACAGAAUCCACGUUAAAAUCUCUGCCUUUACUCAAGCCCACCUUCCGCCAUAGCUCGCGAGGAAACACUGGAGGAGCAAAAAAACCCAAAAUAAAACAACAGCGCCAACGAACGAGCGAAGAUUUUUGGAGUAAUCAGCGGAGAAAUUGCGUAAACAAGGAGCGCGAAAAGGGGGAUCGCUACAAAAACAAGGACUUCGUUUGGACUUGAGAGAGAGUGAAGGUGUGUGUGUGUGCGCGCGUGUGUACGAUUGUGUGUUUGUGUGUGUGUGUGUGUGCGUGUGUGUGAAUGUGGGGUGGGGGUGGGGGGGUAAAGUGCUCUCGAGGCAGCAAAUUUGAUGAUGACCAUGAGUACGAUGGCUGACGGUCUGGAGGCUCAGGACUCGUCCAAAUCGGCGUUCAUGGAGUUUGGUCAGCAGCAGGCGCCCUCGCAGCAGAGCUCGCCGUCGGUGGGCGCCGGCCACUACCCGCUGCACUGCCUGCACUCCGGCGCGCACCAGCAGCAGCACGACGGCUCGCCUUACUCGGGCUCCGGCUCGUACAACCGCUCGCUCGCCUACUCGUACAUGAGCCACCCGCACCACAGCCCCUACUUGCCCUCCUACCACAGUAACGCGGCCGCGGCGCACACCAGGUUAGACGGCACAGAGCAGCAGAAAACAACAGUGAUUGAAAACGGAGAAAUACGGUUCAACGGGAAAGGCAAGAAGAUCCGCAAACCGCGGACCAUCUAUUCCAGUUUGCAGCUACAGGCUCUGAACCACCGCUUCCAGCAGACCCAGUAUCUCGCCCUGCCAGAGCGCGCGGAGCUCGCCGCCUCCCUCGGCCUCACGCAGACACAGGUAAAGAUCUGGUUCCAGAACAAGAGGUCGAAGUUCAAGAAGCUGCUGAAGCAAGGCAGCAACCCCCACGAGAGCGAGCCUCUGCCGGGCUCCCUCGCGCUGUCCCCGCGCUCGCCGGCCAUCCCGCCCAUAUGGGACGUGUCCGCGUCUUCCAAAGGUGCGAGCAUGUCCGCCAACAGCUACAUGCCCGCCUACUCCCACUGGUACUCUUCUCCUCACCAGGACUCCAUGCAGAGAUAGGCUGCGCGCGCCCGGCCAGGCCGCAGGCCCACCUGCGCCCCCUCCUUCAGUGCUACCUGAGCGGGUACAGCCGCUGCCGCCGGAGGACGGUUCGUUUCUGGAGAGCGCUCCUUCCGCUGGAGGAUAAGCGGACACGGCGGGACCGAACUGGAUUUUUUUUUUUUUUGCUUAAAAGAAACAUCCGCUGUUGUAUCUGUUGACUCUUGAACCAAAGGCGUCCAUCACCAGCAUGGGGCAGGAGCGGGGACGCCUUUCGCAAAGCCCCAUGGGUCAUGACUGAAAACGACGAACUCUGAUUUAAGAAAAAAAAAAAAACGAACAAAAACAAAAAAUUGCGCUCUUUUCGUUAUGACUACAUGUUUGUCGUCAUGCGAAAGAAAGCAAUUUGUCUGUAAAUAUCUUGUCCAAUUUUAGUUGUAAAAUACUUUUUAUGUUUUUGUCAUAAAUGGAGUAAACCAUGGCUUCAAAACAGUGCGUGCUUGAAUUUUUUAUAAGAAAUUUGGGGAAAUAUUCUAAAUCAGCGACUCAUUGGCGGGCUGUUACACAUUUCAGGUCCGUUGUUAAAAUAAUCUUUAAACUCUACAUUGUCAGUCGCGUUGCUUAAAACCUUAAAGUCAUGAUAUUGUUAAAAAACACUUUUAAUUCGGUUAAAUAUUUGGAAACGACCGUUUGAAUUUCACGCGCUAUACGUGCGGUACGAAGUUAAUCCAAAGAAAUAACAAAAUAUCUUACCCUGUUGGUAAGUUGGUCGUCUCUCGACGGAUUUUUCCUAUAAAAUAAACCUGCAUCUCGUCCAUCUUGCCAUUCUCUGCCUCAAUCAUUAGAGUAUUGACAAAAUGUUUUUCUCCUCUCUCUCCCUGUCUUGGAUGUGCGAAGUGCUGAAUGCCAUUCGCCACAGGAUCGAUGGUGAACAAAGCCUCCAGCUGCACUCUCCUUCAAUAUGAAGGAGAUAUUUGGGACAAUUUAUGGGUUUUAUCCGAGUGAAGGCUUUUUUUUCUAUUCUCAUAAAUGCUGACAUAAUUAGGGUAAUUUUUGAUGUAGCCCGCUGAUUACAGCGUUUUUACCGUCAAAGAUAAUUACCUGUAAUUUUCUACCACUUUUAAUAGUGAAAGGCAUCUUUAUUUGGAUUUGAGGUAGCAAAGACGAAACAAAAGACGAAAUUAUUCGGUUAUUCAUGUACAAAUUGCCGCGAAGAGGGAACGCUCGGGAUAUUAUGUGAAUGACAAUGUUGAAUAGGGAGAGGAGAAGCCCCUGCAGCUGCCCCAGCCUGCCAGCAUUAAAUGGAGCUUGAUUCGUUCAAACCGAGAAUUGGGGAUGGAUCGUCUGCGUGUUUUCUAGGCAUAUAGAAUCAGCUUUGGAAAUGCUGCUGUAGGAGAGGCCCUGUUGGACCAGCCAUGGUUUACGCCAGUUUACCCAAGCUGGCAUAAAACCUAGAAGUGCUGAGGUUUAGAUGGAUUUAAAAAAAAAAAAAAACACGAGGUGGAAAAUGUACAAUUUGAAUGUUUUGAUGAUGCAACUGAGAAAGCUGAAGCCAGAGAAAGAUACCUAGACAGACAGAUAAAGAAACAGACAGACAGACAGAUGGACGGACGUAGUAUUGAAAGAUAUAUCGAGGACAAAGAGAUAAGGAAGGAGAGAUAGGAUGUGAGGGGGAGGGAGGAGAGAGAGAUAGAGUGAGAGAGAGAGAUCCCAAUGAAUGCAUCAACAAUAUUACCAAACAUUAUUUCAAGAAUACGUCACUGAUCCCAGCACUCAUGCCUGUCUCUCAGCCUGGCUGACUGCUUUACUGGCCUAUUGCUUCAUGUCAUAAACUUUACUGUCUGUUGCAUUUUCCCAGCUUUGCUGCCCACUAAGCCGCUGACCACAUCGGUGUCCGUCUGCUCAAAGCCGUCCAACCCAGUGCUUACCUUUCCUUUCCUUCCCAUUCCUUUCUUUUCCUUUUCCCUUCCAGGGGCUCUGUUUUCGGCGUCUACCCCGCGCAGCCCGGCCUGUGUACCGCUGCUGCUUCAGCAUAAGCAAAUCCAGGUGUGAAAGUGUUCGCACACCCCGACGCCUCUUAUAUAUCGCCUGCAAAAAUUAACCGUUAUUACUGUCACUGUUUAGUGCUGGUGAGCUGAAAAAAAGGCUUCUGCAAUCAAGAACCAAGCGCAUCUUUGCAAAUGAUAGAUAAUUGUAAAUGUCCAGAUUAUGAUAAUGGAAGCCUAAUCCUGGUGGAAGUGUAAUUAUUGUGGAGUGUUACAGUUGAAGCUGUCCAGUAAAGCUAACUGUCAUUAUUCAUACGCCAUUUGCAGAGGGAGUCGGGGAGUGCAAAAUGUUCAGUCGGAAUUUAACAAGGCCCUCGAUAUAAUGGCACAGGGAAGUGUGUGCGCGCGCCUGAGUGCGAGCGUGCGUGCGUGCGCGAGGGGCUUUGAAGGAUAAACAGAGAUAAACAAAACCGAACUAAUGCUACUUUAUAGCUUCUGGAAACGUCACAUAUCAGGCGAUUUGUAUUUAUUCAUUUCCGUACAAAACCAAUCGGUGGUCAGUGAUAACGCCGUUGUUUGUUUACUUAUUUAUUGCUCUGUGUGUGUGUAUGUGUGUGUGCGUGUGUGUGUGUGUGUGUGUGUGUGUGUGUGUGUGUGUGAGUGUGUGGAUCUAAUUCGUGAUCAGAGCAUCGCUUCAACCUGCUGGGAGAAACGAAGUGUCACCUCCAGCUAAAAGACAGUCGUGUACAUGCGGCCUACGAGUGAUUGACGCGUGUCUGCGGCCUUUUGUGGUCAGAACAACGUGCCCUGCAGUCCAGCACUCAAAGAACUGUCAGGAUGAUAGUGUGAGGAGCUCAAAGCAGGCUCAGGACUAAGCCCCGGACUUGAGCUGGUUUAUUAGUGAGCUGCGCUUUGUGCCAGUGAAGAGCUGAAAGGCUGCUGCUUUAAGCGGAUCCGCGCUCGUUUGUCUCCAUACAAGAACAAGAAUAUCAGGGUUUCUCCUCAUUAUUGCCAUUCAGGAGAGCUAAAAGGUACAAAACAGCUAUUUUACUGUCUGCCAGGCCUCUUAGUGAUGUUCUCAAUCCAGAUAAAACGCCAAGGAUUUUGAUAUGUUUAUAUGAAAGCACUGUACAAAUAAAAUUGAAUGGAAGUGAA